AUGGCGCCCAUUUCCAAGGAGUGUGACUACCUGGUCAUUGGUGGCGGAAGCGGUGGACUUGCCUCUGGUCGUCGUGCCUCGGGCAUGCACGGCGCCAAGGUCAUCGCGGUGGAAAACAAAAGACUGGGUGGCACAUGUGUCAAUGUUGGCUGUGUGCCGAAAAAGGUCACCUGGAAUGCCGCCACCAUCGCCGAAACCAUCAAGGAGGCCAAGGCCUACGGCUUUUCCGUCCAGCAGACGGCCCCAUUCGACUGGAAAUCAUUCACGGACAAGCGAGCCGCGUACGUYAAGCGGCUAAAUGGCAUCUACGAAAAGAACCUCCAAAACGACAAGGUGGAGUACUUGCACGGAACCGCAAGCUUCAAGGACAAGCACACGGUCAAGGUCGUGCUGGAUGACAACAGCGAGGUGGAGGUCAAGGCGAAGAAUGUGUUGAUCGCUGUGGGAGGCAAGCCCAACGUUCCGGAUGUGCCCGGCGCCGAGCUGGGCAUUACAUCAGACGGAUUCUUCGAGCUGGACCAGCAGCCCAAGAAGGUGGCUGUCAUCGGUGCGGGCUACAUCGCAGUCGAGCUGGCGGGCAUGUUCCACCACUUGGGAACAGAAACGCACCUGUUCAUCCGCCACGACUCGUUCCUGCGUACCUUUGACCCACUCAUCCAAGAAAAGAUCGUCCAGGAGUAUGAGCGUCAAGGCAUCCACAUCCACAAGCAGUCCUCUCAGUCCAAGGUCGAAGACAUCGGAAACGGCCAGAAAAAGCUACACUACAAGGAUGCGAACGGCRAAGGCUCAAUCGAUGUGGACACUGUCCUUUGGGCCAUUGGACGAUCCCCUGAACUCGAGAAGCUCAACCUGAACGCGACCGGCGUCAAGCUGAAUGACAAGGGCCACAUCGCCGUCGACGACUAUCAGAACACCAACGUGGACAAUAUCUUCGCUCUCGGAGAUGUCUGCGACAAGGGCUUCGAGCUGACCCCGGUAGCCAUCGCUGCAGGCCGAAAGCUGUCGGAUCGAAUUUUCGGUGGAAAAUCCGACGCAAAACUGGACUACGAGAACAUUCCCUCGGUCGUCUUCUCCCAUCCUGAAGUCGGAUCCAUCGGAAUGACGGAGCCAGAGGCACGAGCAAAGUUUGGCGAUGACAACAUCAAAGUCUACACGACAAACUUCACUGCGAUGUGGUACUCUAUGAUGGAGCCGGAAGACAAGGGACCCACGGCAUACAAGCUCGUGUGUCAGGGCAAAGAGGAGAAGGUUGUAGGUCUGCACAUCCUCGGGCUUGGAUCCGGGGAGAUGCUUCAGGGAUUCGGAGUCGCUGUGCGGAUGGGGGCUACAAAGGCUGAUUUUGACCGCUGUGUCGCCAUCCACCCGACAUCUGCGGAAGAACUUGUUACGCUAAAAUAG